GAGAAGGCGCAAGGGUUUGCAGCGCCAUCCCAAGGUACUGCGAGCUGUGUAUGGCGAUCGCCUGCGAUUUCUAUGGCAGCUGGUGCUGGAGCUCCUCGGCCGCGGCCGCGACGGAGCAGGGAUGCUGUUCCAGGAAGGGGAUUCGGCCGAUUACAAGGAGCUCUUGUAUGAUAGCUAUGCGGUCCUUUCUGAGAGCGCCCCGUCGCUUAAUACUGCUGCAUUUUCACUCGAUCAGCGGUGGUCGCAGCAAGAGCUAGGUUGUUCACAGGGUCAUUGAGCUGCAAUUCAGGAAGAGCGAACGACCGUCUCAUGUUUUAUGCUUUGGGUACCAGCAGAAUUUGGAGUGCCUAUUUCGCAGCACAACUGUGGAUGCUGUAACUUCCACUGCGUGGUGUGUUCUUCAUUCCCGUGUGAUCUCCUCAUGCUACACUUGCUAUCUCAUGCUGCUGUAUUCGCUUCUCUUCCAAAUUGUUGCUACAUGCAAGUUUCGGGUACUCCGAUCACUUUGCUAGCAUCAGCUAGCCAGCGACGGAUAUCGCAGGAGUUUUUGAGUUUUAUUUCGUCAAGAAGCCAUGAAAAGUCCUACACUCUUGAAGGUGUGAUAAAUGAAAAUUCUCCACAAUCAAUAUCACAGAUUGAACCUCAAGGUGCAGCUUUUAAAAAGCGUAGAAGACCUUUCAGCUGGCAACGAAGGAAAAAGCAAAAAGUAAUAUUUGUGGUUCUCCGUUUCUCCGAUUUAUUUGAUAAUCCUCAGGUGGUGGAGCGCUUGGAAAGUGUGCCUGCAGCCUGUCAUAGACAGAUUGAUCGUGCACAGAUGUUUUAUAGCACUUGUUUUAACAGGAAGGGGGGACUGCCAAAAACUCAUAUUCUUUUUACAUCAGCAGCUAGUAAGGACGGGGGAGCUGCGUGGUUGUUCGAGUCAAUAUUUGGAAGCAAAACAACCGAAAAGAGCUACCCACCUUCUAUUUUGCGGCUUCUGAAGAGACUAAUCUGUCGCGCUAAAAAGUUUCAGUGUGGCCAUCUUUUGAAACGGCACUGUCCUGUGCCAAUUUUGCCACGGAAGGAAAUCGAUGGCAAUCUUUACUUUAAAGAUAUGUUUCUGAAUGAUGGAUAUGUUACUCAAGAGGAAUCUCGUGGAGAUUCUUCAUGUUCAUGCAAGUCAGUGCCUGAUCCAAGGAAAGGUAGCACCAAACCAAAAAAUGAGAGGCCUUUAUCAGAGCUGCUGGCCAUGACCUCGACCAACCAUCAAGUUGUGGCAUUCUUGUGGGCUGCUUCCAGGAGGCUCAUACCCCAGGAAAUGCUCGGGUCUCCCAAAAACUGGAGAGCUCUUCGAAAGCAGUAUGCACGCUUUGUUGGACUUCGGAGGUACGAAGCAUUUUCCUCGGUUCAGCUGUUGCAGAAGCUUAAGGUUUCCGACUUUACUUUUCUGAGCAAGCGGGAUACAAUCAAGGAACUCGAAGGAGUUGGAUAUUUCAGAAGUCAAAUGGUAGAAGACUGGCUAUACUGGAUUUUUACAAACGUAUUGGUUCCUCUGAUACGUGUUCACUUCUACGUUACAGAGAGCGAGAAUCAACGGCAAAAUGUGGUGUUUUACCGGAAGCCUAUAUGGUCGCAGAUUCAGUCUGCGGCUGUUCGUGAUCUAUCAAAGACUGUCUACAAACGUGUGGACGCUGACAAAGCCCUCAGGAACCGAGCACUGGGAUUCUCUAAAGUCCGGCUUCUUCCGAAAAAAACGAGCGUCAGACCAAUAGCUAAUCUCGGCUCGGCAUCAAUCUACGUGGUCAAGCGUAAAGACUCCACCUUUCCGAAGUCCAGGAAAGGAAAACGGGUUGUUCAUGUCAGCCAUCGAAGGAGAUCAUCCGAUCUAAGUUCCGGUUCCAGGGGUGAUGGGAAAAUUCAGACAGUUUAUUCGUUCAAGUCCGUCAAUUCUGCUCUCGGGGAUGCUCAUCAGUGUCUGAAGCUUGAGCAAGAAAGUCAUCAAGGUGAUCUUGGCGCGUCUGUAUUCGGCUACAACGACAUCUACUUGAAGCUGCUUCCUUUCAUCCGACGUUUCAGACAACGAGAACCAACGAAAAUUUUUCUGGCUGUUUGUGACGUCGCUAAUGCGUUCGACACUAUCGAUCAGGAACGGCUUUACAGCAUUGUUGACAAGUUCUUGCACGAGGAGAAGUACGUUGUUUUGCGGUUUACUUCCGUCCGUAGCAGGCUGGCAUCUGUCCGAGUGCUUCACGAGAAAGCCUGUGCUACUGCGGGGAGUGAUGGGAGGGUCUACAACUUUGUUCGAAACUUGACAACUAAGCGCUCCGAAACAAUAUUUACUGAUCAGGCCUAUCACUCUAAUGUGUCAAGAGUGCAGCUAUUGAGAGUUCUCAAAGAACACAUAAAAUCCAAUAUCUUGCACCUCGGCCACAACUUCUUUCAACAAUUUACCGGUAUUCCUCAAGGCAGCGUACUUUCGUCUUUCCUAUGCGCGUUAUACUAUGGUUACCUGGACUUGCGCCACAUACUACCAGCUUUACAAGGGAAACCUCAGGACGGCCUGGUGAAGGAAGAGACCACAGACGAGGCUCUUCUUAUGCGGCUGGUGGACGACUCCUUAUUUAUAUCUACGUCUGAAGCAAAGGCAACACUUUUCUUGAACGUAAUGCACAGGGACCUCGAACAGUUCGGAUGCUGUGUCAACGAGGACAAAACAUCUACAAGCUUUGAUACUGACAUUAGUGGGAAGAACGUGAAGUCCAUGUAUUCGACUGAAGAUGGGGCUUGUUUCAUGCGAUGGAGUGGUUUGCUCAUCAACUGUCACACUCUUGAAAUCCAAGCCGACUAUACGAGAUACUGCGGCGAACACAUCAGAUCUAGUCUGACGGUCAUGAGGUGCCACAAACAAGGACUAAAUCUGGUUGUGAAGAUGUUUCAUUUCAUGAGGCCGAAAUGUCAUCCGGUAUUUUACGACUCCGAGAUCAACUCAGCAUCAACGAUAUCCUUGAACGCAUACCAAGCGUUUCUUCUUUGUGCGAUGAAGUUUCAUGCGUAUUUGAAGUGCUUACGGCCAUUCAACGUCAAUAAUCCACUAUUCCUUUUCCAGGCAAUUCGAAGAACGACGAGGUAUACCUUUCGAUUGAUUCGGCAAAGAAUGCAAGCCGUGGGAUCUGGGAAAGUAUUGAGCCGAGCAAAAGAAAUGGAGUGGCUAGGCUGGGCAGCGUUUCACAAAGUACUUUCGAAGAAGCAAAGCACUCACAAGCGUCUACUGUUACUGAUUCAGAGAGAACUCAAGCUGGACAAAUACAAGCACUACCGUUCUGCCCCACAUAUGCUUUCAGCAACGGACGAGACGCGUUCUUCAAUGUUCAAAACUAUCAGGUUUUGAAGGAAAUGAUACGGGGGGAACCAUUUGCUACAGCAGGACAUCUCAGCUUCUUGCAAGACAGCAUUCCAGGUUCAGAGAGGCCAGAUAGGAGCUCAGGG